AUGGGAGACGACAGGCCAGUUGUAGAGUUUAUGCUGAUGCUAUUUCUUGUCACGUUCUCGUUUAUGCUGUUUCCAGAGAUGCUUACGACAUCUGUGAAGAAUGCAGGGUAUUUUGAAGGGAACCGAACGGUGCGUGACUUGAGUUUUUUAGCAAAGCCAAUGGGUGGGAAUGUAACGCUGUAUGAUAGAAGCGGAUAUACAGGAAUAAUCAGUAUGAGUAGCAUUCCAAGCGGAUCUCCAAUAACACAGGCGAUGCACCAGAUAUGCAAGGAGGGCAAGCCAUGGUUUAAUGUUCAGGUUGAUGAAGAGACUUGUUGUGUGUUUAUAAGGACUCAGUCACCGAUUCCUGAUUAUAUAUUCAGACUAAACGAGAUACCUAAUAAGAACCUGUCACCAUCUGAAAUGGUUCUGUCACUUGAUAGCUUCUACUCUUCAAAGAAGACGUUUGACAAGAAGAUGAUAGAAACACUUGUGUAUCUGAUGAUGAGAGAAAGCUUGACUGACAAGCUUGUUCUGCUAUAUGAGCAGAUGAUGGUGAUAAUCAAUGAUAGAAACAAGAUGUUUCUUUUUGAUAUUGAUUUUGACCAGCUUCCUAUAUUUAUCAAGACAGCGACGAAUCUGAAUACGAUUAUUGCAGCAUUUAGCAUAAGUGAAAACACGCUGUUUGUGUACACGACUUUACUGUCAAGGGAGAUACCGUAUAGUAAAGUAUUUGAAGCCCGAUUCGCAAAGAUGUUUCCUGAGCAGAAGGACAUUAAGAUAAAGAACUAUCUGUCUACAGAUGAUUACAAAGGCCUGAGUUUGCUAAUAAGCGAUGAGGAAAGAAGCGAAGCAAUGAAUCUAUUGAGCCUGUAUUUGAAUGACUUUUCUAAAACUGACAAGCAGAUAACAGAAGCGAUGAAAAUACCAGGUGAAAGAGCAUCAUUCAUAGAAGUGUUGGUGUAA